AUGAUAUGUCGGUGGGUUGGUAUAACAGCGCCACAAAUCAUUGCUUUUCUUCGUGCAAAUGCGCAUCCAGCAACGGUUGCUGCAGCUAAUCGUUCUGGUGGUAUGAUACAGUGUGUUCCGAUCAGUAUCGCUGACCAGCUACGACUCUGGGAAGAUGAACGGCAACGGCUAACAUUUCACGAUGCAGCUAUUUACUCGUCGUUUAAUUCCGAGGAUGAAUAUUACAGCUUAAAAAAUUAUGCUAUUUCACAAGGUAUCAUGUUAUGGUACGACGAUAUGCAACGACUGGUUGUUGUAACGGAAGAAGGGCAUGAUAGUGUGAAAGCGUGGUGGAAGACGAAAGCUGGAAGAAGUGACGCGUAG